AUGUCUGACUACUUUCCCAACUUCGACGAAUUAGAGGCCUUUAUCAACGCCAAGGAGAGCCUCCUCCCUUACUACGCCCAAGCCUACUUCGAUCCUAUGAAGAGCUUCGACCACGGGGCUACCGCCAGCUUCGCCCUGCCCUCCGAGCCGAGCUACUUGCCCCAGACCGAUUGGGCUUUGGGCGCCAAUGGCUACAACCCCGUCUAUGACACGGGAAAUUCCCUCGCCGGGGUCGACAUGGCAGAGAUGCCAUACAUCCCAGACAUCCCGGGGGAUCACUUCUACGGAACUGGUCCUCCGGUGCAACACACCUUCACGCAGGGCACUGUCCUCUUGGAUCCAAACAAUGGCAGCCACGUCUAUCCCGCCUUCCUCGAUCACAGCUACAUCGGAUUCGGUCACCCAACCAACUUGGUCUUGACUGGACAGCCCUCUUUCUCGGCUGACAUGAUCGGCAUGGGCACAGAACGCCAUGCAGAUGGGUAG